GGGAGGGCGCGGGCAAAGCUAGGAAGUAAACUCCCACGGAUCCGAUAACCGCCUGUGACAAGCACAGCAAACGCCUACCUCGUCUUCUUCACAACCCCAUGUCGCUCCCUCGCUCAGACUAUGACCCUCGCAGGGUAUGUUUAAACCCAUUCCCAGAUCUCAACUUAAACUUGGGAAAACAUCGCCGAACUGUUGGCAUCUACCUCGCAGGCGCUUUGUUCGCACUUGCAAACUGGACUUUCCUCGACGCUGCUAUCUUGUCUGCACAUGCCCAUCCACCUUAUGAGGAUCCUCAGAUCCCACCUCCCGUGCAUGUGCAGUUCGUUGAUUGGGUGCCAGGAUUCUGCUCGCUCCUUGGCAUGGUUAUUAUCAACUUGAUUGACAAGGAUAGGAUUCGAGGAGAUGGUUAUGGUGAUUCUACGGCUGUGUGGAGGGCACGCCUUUUCUUGUUCAUCGGGUUCGCUUUCAUGGCUGGCGGACUGGCGGGGAGCGUGGUAAGCCUUGACUUUUUUGUUUGACGCCACCGGAUACUCAAUAUCUCGUCUAGUCUCUUCUCGUGCUUAAAUACG